UUAUUAGGGUUUUGCAAAAACCAAGAUCCUCCUUCCUCUCUCGAUUUCAAUCUCACAAUCCCUUUCCGUUGAUUUUCGAAUUCGUUUGAAUUUACUUUCAUCACCUCGUCUCUUCUUCCCUUCCCUUCUCCGACGAACGAUCUCGUUACCAAGGACAAUGGACAACGAAGAAGUCCUCGACUUCGACGUAGACGACGACGACGGCAUCGACAUCGAGCACAACGACUCGAUCGACAUCCUCGACGACAGCCCCAUCCCCGACACCACCACCACCACCAACCCCGACUCCUCCGCCGCUCACUACUACUUCCCCGACGGCGACCUCCUCGAGCCAUACGACGGCCUCGAGUUCGAGUCCGAGGAAUCCGCCAAGGCCUUCUACAACUCCUACGCCCGCCGCGUCGGCUUCAGCACCCGCGUCAGCUCCUCCCGCCGCUCCCGCCGCGACGGCGCCAUCAUACAGCGCCAGUUCGUCUGCGCCAAGGAAGGAUUCCGCAACAUGAACGAGAAACGAACCAAGGACAGAGAGAUCAAACGCCCCCGAACCGUCACCCGAGUCGGUUGCAAGGCCUCCUUAUCCGUCAAAAUGCACGACUCCUCCGGUAAGUGGAUCGUCUCGGGGUUCGUUAAAGAGCAUAACCACGAAUUGGUCCCUCCCGAUCAGGUCCACUGCUUACGUUCCCACAGGCAGAUCUCGGGCCCCGCCAAGACUUUGAUCGACACGUUGCAGGCCGCCGGGAUGGGGCCCAGGAGGAUAAUGUCCGCGCUGAUUAAAGAGUACGGAGGGAUUAGUAAAGUAGGAUUCACUGAAGUGGACUGUAGGAAUUACAUGAGGAACAAUAGGCAGAAGAGUAUACAGGGAGAGAUUCAGCUUCUUCUUGAUUACUUGAGGCAGAUGAACUCCGAGAAUCCCACCUUCUUUUACGCUGUGCAGAGAAGCGAGGAUAAUCACCAUCAUGAUCAUCAGUCUGUUGUUGUGGGGAAUGUGUUUUGGGCCGAUCCGAAAGCGAUUCUUGAUUUCGCCUACUUUGGGGAUACGGUUACGUUUGACACGACUUACAGGUCUAAUAGGUACCGUCUCCCUUUCGCUCCCUUCACGGGGGUGAACCACCACGGGCAGCCGGUUCUUUUCGGAUGCGCGUUUAUCGUGAACGAGACCGAGGCUUCGUUUGUGUGGCUUUUUAAGACUUGGCUAGCUGCGAUGUCUGCACACGCAGCGCGCUCUCCCGUCUCGAUCACUACUGAUCACGACGCGGUUAUACGCGCGGCGGUCGUGCAGGUCUUUCCCGAGGCCCGCCAUAGGUUUUGCAAGUGGCAUAUUUUCAAGAAAUGUCAGGAGAAGUUGUCUCAUGUGUUCCUCAGGCAUCCUGCUUUCGAGUCUGAUUUCCACAAGAGUGUUAAUCUGACUGACUCUGUUGAGGAUUUCGAGUCGUGCUGGUUUUCGCUUCUUGACAAAUACGAGCUGAGAGAUCAUGACUGGCUACAAGCGUUGUACUCCGAUCGACGGCAGUGGGUUCCUGUAUAUCUCCGCGACACCUUUUUCGCGGAGAUGUCGUCGACUCAGCGUAGUGACAGUAUAAACUCGUAUUUUGACGGCUACAUCAACGCUUCGACCAACCUGACCCAGUUCUUUAAGCUGUACGAGAAAGCUCUGGAGAGUCGUCUCGAGAAAGAAGUUAAAGCGGAUUACGACACGAUGAACUCGCCUCCUGUUCUCAAGACCCCGUCUCCGAUGGAGAAGCAGGCGUCUGAGCUUUACACGAGGAAGCUGUUCACGAGGUUUCAGGAGGAGCUGGUGGGAACUUUGACUUUCAUGGCGUCCAAAGCUGAUGACGAUGGGGAUCUCGGUACCUACCAGGUUGCCAAGUACGGGGAGACUCACAAGGCGCAUUGCGUUAAGUUCAACAUUUUGGAGAUGAGAGCGAACUGCAGUUGCCAGAUGUUUGAGUUCUCUGGGAUCGUGUGUAGGCAUAUAUUGGCAGUCUUCCGUGUCACCAAUCUCCUUACGCUUCCGCCUUACUAUAUCCUGAAAAGAUGGACUAGAAAUGCUAAAAGCAGUGUUAUAUUCGAUGACUAUGGUUUGCAUGCGUAUGAUAACUACUUGGAGUCUCAUACUGUCCGAUACAACACUUUACGCCACAAAGCUUUUAAUUUUGUGCAAGAAGCGGGGAAAUCUAUUUAUACCUGUGAUGUCGCUCUAGUUGCUCUGCAAGAAGCUGCCAAGACAGUGUCCUUGGAAAUGAAAAAUGAAGUUAGGAGAACUAUGGCUAACGGGCAUGUAAAAGGGAGUUCUGCAAGUGAUGGAGAACAUAUACGCCGCAGUGAGGAAUGUCAGCAAGAAGAGCCCGAGGAUGAAAUGGACAAGAAGAUUAUUGAGCUCAGACACGAGCUGGAAUUAGCAAACAGGAAAUGUGAAGCCUACAGGACUAACCUACUUUCGGUCUUGAAAGAAUUGGAAGAUCAAAAGUUACAAGUGUCCAUCAAAGUGCAGAACAUCAAAAUCAGCUUAAAGGAUAGUCUGUGAAACAAGCAACAAGUUCCAACUGCCAUCAUCAUAUAUAUGAUUGCUCAUGUAUAUUAUAUCUUAGGGUUUUUGAAAAAGGGACCCAACAUUUAGUAUUUCCCUGUUACAGUAGGUAGUUUCGCAAUAGAUUGUACUCCCAAUCAUUUUCUCAGUGAGUAAGAGCAUAAAGUUUUUUCCUUCC